CUCUCCUCUCUCCAACGGCGGAGGGAUUUUUUUUUUUUUUAAUAAUUCCGUACGCGUAUUGAAAAGAACAGCCGCCAUCAACAGCCGCCUGCUACCCUAUAACUUGUUCUUCCGACCAAUAAUUACUGUCGGAAGUCAAAGUUGGGUGAAGUCAGUCUUCUUCACCCACUACGCCAAUUUGCAACCAAAAUAUUAAAUUUUGAAAUUUUCUUCUAUUCCUCGGUCAGACUUUGAACUCUGCGAAAGCUUUGAAAACAGGAAACCCAUAACACUUCAAACUUUUCAACGGAGCUUUUUUUUGGGUCGUCUUCUUCGUAGUCGUCGCUCUCCUUCCCUUUUAUCUCCAAAUUGGGAAAACGAAACCCUAGAAGAAACCGGAGAUUCAGUAGCAAUAGCAAAAGCAAUGUCUUUUAACGUCCACCGCUUCGAUCCUCAGUCGGCGGCCGAGAAAGCGGUUUCGGUUCUCGGGUUCGGGUACGAUCUCUGUAACGACAUACGCCUCUCGUCUUGCAAGCCGGGUCCAUCCGGAUCCAAGCUGAUCCACCUCGACCCGACCCGAACCAAGGACCUCGUACUUCCACCUGGAAUUGUCGUCCCCAAUGUUUCGACGUCGAUCAAGUGCGACAAAGGCGAGCGUACCAGAUUCCGGUCUGAUGUCAUCUCCUUCAAUCAGAUGUCGGAGCAGUUUAAUCAGCAGUUGUGUUUAUCUGGAAAAAUUCCGUCGGGGUUCUUCAACGCCAUGUUUAAUUUCAAGGGUAACUGGCAGAACGAUGCUGGUUCAACAAAAAGUCUUGCUUUUGAUGGCUGUUUCAUUACGCUUUAUAACAUUGAGCUGGAAAGAUCCCAUAUUACUCUUUCUGAGCAACUCAAACGAGAGGUUCCUUCUUCUUGGGACCCUGCCGCCCUUGCAGAGUUCAUUGAGAAAUAUGGUACUCAUGUGGUUGUGGGUGUAAAAAUGGGAGGAAAAGAUGUAAUUUACAUGAGGCAAUUGCGAGAGUCAAAUCUAGAGCAGAACGAAGUGCAGAAGACGUUAAAGCAAUUAGCAGAUGACAGAUUUUCUGAAGAUGCAAAUGCGACUGGAAGUUUCACUUCACAUCCUGCUGCACCAAAAAUCAAGGAUGAAUAUUCUGUGCCGUGGGAGCUUCGUAAUGCAUUUGCUGCGUCCAUCAAACCACCAAUAGUCAGUCACUCAAAGAGUGAUGAGUUGAUGAAAAUUUUUGUUCGGAGGGGAGGUGUCGAUAUCGGUCAAAGUCAUAAUCAGUGGCUCUCAACCAUAUCCCAGUCACCUAACGUUAUUUCGAUGUCCUUCGUGCCCAUAACGUCGCUCAUGAAUGGCAUCCGAGGCAAUGGAUUUCUAAGCCAUGCCGUGAACCUGUACCUAAGAUAUAAACCUCCAAUUGAGGAGCUGCAGCAAUUUCUUGAAUUUCAGCUGCCUAGGCAGUGGGCGCCCGUGUAUGCCGAUCUUCCUCUUGCUACCCGACAUCGGAACCAAGCCUCACCAUCUCUCAAGUUCACUUUGAUGGGGCCUAGGCUUUAUGUAAAUACUACUAAGGUUGAUGCACAAAAUCGUCCAGUGACAGGAAUUCGAUUGUUUUUGGAAGGGAAGAAAAGCGAUCAUCUGGCAGUCCAUCUCCAGCAUCUAUCAAGUCUUCCCAAGACCCUCCAACUCUCAGAUGAUCUUAGUUAUAAGCCCAUUGAUGAGCCAGAGGAGAAGGGCUACUUCGAACCUGUUAAGUGGAGCAUAUUCUCUCAUGUCUGCACUGCUCCAGUGGAGUACAAUGGUUCUCUAAUUGAUGACGACUCUGCUUCCAUAGUCACCAAGGCUUGGUUUGAAGUUAAGGUUGUUGGAAUGAGAAAGGUGUUGUUCCUGAGGCUCGGGUUCUCAAUGGUGGCAUCGGCAGUGAUUCGUCGGUCGGAAUGGGAAGGACCUUCAACGACAUCCCGGAAAUCUGGACUCAUCUCCACCUUUAUCAGCACAAGGUUUAGUACUGGGCUGCAUCAACCAGAAAAGCAACCAAAAAUUGAAUUGAACUCGGCUGUUUAUCCCGACGGUCCACCUUUGACUUCGAGGGCGAUGAAAAUGUUGAAUGUCAUCAACACGAAAGAAAUGGUGCGUGGCCCUGAGAAUUCACCUGGAUACUGGGUGGUCACCGGAGCCAAGCUUUGUGUGGAAGGUGGCCGGAUCUCUGUCAAAGUGAAAUACGCAUUGUUAACCAUAUUGUCGGAGGAUUCUAUGAUAUGAUGAGAGAAAACUAGGCAGCCAGUAGAAACACCUAUUUUUCUGCUGUAAAUGUGUUUUGUACAUUAGUCCUCUCUAUACUCAACCACGAAACACCAUCAUUCUUGGUGACACCAAUAGUAUUUUGAGAAUGUAAAGUCGUGACAUAUUAAAGCAUUUUUUGGAGUGAGAAUUUCUGGUGGCCUGGUUUCGGUGCCAUAUUUGAUUA